AUGGGCAAGCCAGCGGAUUUCGCGGACAUACUCAAUGGGGUGAUGUGGUCUCAAGUCGUCCUUGGCACUGUGCUUGUUGCAUUGCGAAUGUACACACGACAGUAUAUUGUGAGAAAUCUCGGCUGGGACGACGUACUGAUGUUGGUCAACCUGGCUACCUUCAUCGGUUAUGUUGGCUGCGUGUCUGUUGGCAUCACCUAUGGUGUUGGCAAACAGACGGCCGACAUUGUACGACUCGACCUCAACUACUCCAAAUCGAUCAUGUGGGAAGCCAUCGGUCAAGGCAUCUGCAUCAUGGGAAUAGCUGCCUCCAAGGGUUCAGUUGCACUGUUUCUCCUGCGCAUUGUUCUCAAGAGAUGGCACAUUGCUAUCCUCUGGUUUUGCAUAGCGAGUACGACAGUGCUUUGCAUCAUCACAACAACGCUUCUGUACACUCAGUGUGUACCAUCGGCGUUCUUAUGGGAUCAGACUAUCGAAGGCGGCUAUUGCUGGCUGAACUUCACCGAGGUCGGUCUAACGAUGGGCGCUUGGUCUGCAGCUAUGGACUUCGUUCUCGCUCUCCUUCCUUGGCACAUUAUCAUGGGACUCAAUAUGAAACGCAAGGAUAAGAUCACGAUCGCAUCUGGUCUUUCUUUGGGCAUUUUUGCCGGUGCCUGCUCCGUUGUCCGUACCAUUGAACUGCGAUCCAUGUCCUCAAUGGAGAACUAUGUGUACGACACCGCGAGUAUGCUUCUUUGGUCUUCCACCGAAGUAUUCCUCACGAUUGUUUGCGCGUGUGUCCCCGUUCUUCGGCCACUUUACGUCCGCAUCAAAUACGGUUCACGCGGCGACUCCUCAGGCCAGAACUCCUAUCCACUCAAGGAGUACUCCAAGUCCAAGAGCAGCCGUGGUAUGGAUGGAAGUAGGAAGUCGGAUAAAAUAUACAUGGGUCCUGGGGAAAGUGUUUUACAGACAACAGUUCGGAUGGGGAGUGAUACAGCAAGCGAGGAGACGAUACUCAGGGAGAGUCAUGGGAACAACGCUUGGAACCAUGAGCCGAAGGACCCGGGCGAUAUCACCAUCACCACCACUGUCACUUCGAGGGACGAUUUCGUAUGA